AUGGCAGGAAUGGUACCAGAAGGUUCCCAGUUUGAUGAGCGUCAAUAUGAUGCCAAGAUGAGCGAGUCAGUCUCUACUCUCUUGAUUUGAAUCGACAGCUAGAUAAUAAUAGUAUGGCGGGCAGUUCUAAUCUUCUCUCUGUAACCAUAUUUGGCUUUUCAUGCAUCAGACUUGUGGAAGAGGGAAAGGAGUUCUUCACCUCAUAUGAUGAAGUGCACGAAAGCUUCGACGCCAUGGGCCUGCAGGAGAACCUUCUUCGAGGAAUUUACGCAUACGGUAACAUCCUAUUUCUUCCGAUUUGGGGUCCCAGCUGAUGAAUUUAUCGUAAGAAUUUUGAGUCAGAGUCCCCUACAUUCCAUUUAAAUGCGAACCCAUUAGGUUUUGAGAAGCCCUCGGCGAUCCAGCAGAGGGGGAUCGUCCCCUUCUGUAAAGGGCUCGAUGUCAUCCAGCAGGCCCAGUCGGGGACCGGCAAGACCGCCACUUUCUGUUCUGGGAUCCUGCAGCAGCUCGACUACGGCCUGGUCAACUGCCAGGCGCUGGUUCUCGCCCCGACCCGCGAGCUCGCCCAGCAGAUUGAGAAGGUGAUGCGGGCUCUCGGGGACUUUCUCGGCGUGAAAGUCCACGCCUGCGUUGGCGGAACGAGCGUGCGCGAAGACCAGCGCAUCCUCUCCAGCGGGGUUCAUGUCGUUGUCGGCACCCCCGGUCGGGUGUUUGACAUGCUGCGAAGGCAGUCUUUGCGGCCGGACUACAUCAGAAUCUUCGUGCUGGAUGAGGCCGACGAGAUGCUCUCCCGUGGUUUCAAAGAUCAGGUCGGUCGGCUCCCUCUUUCUUCUUGCAAUCUCUGGUGAAGGACCGUUGACUGACUGACUGAGUUGAGUGGGUUGGGUGGGUGGGUCUUCUUCCUCGAUCAGAUCUACGACAUAUUCCAGCUGCUGCCGCCGAAGAUCCAGGUGGGGGUGUUCUCGGCGACGAUGCCGCCGGAGGCGCUGGAGAUCACGCGCAAGUUCAUGAACAAGCCGGUGCGGAUCCUGGUGAAGCGCGACGAGCUCACGCUGGAGGGCAUCAAGCAGUUCUACGUGAACGUGGAGAAGGAGGACUGGAAGCUGGAGACGCUGUGCGAUCUCUACGAGACGCUCGCCAUCACGCAGAGCGUCAUCUUCGUCAACACCCGCCGGAAGGUCGACUGGCUUACCGACAACAUGCGCAGCCGCGACCACACCGUCUCCGCCACGCACGGCGACAUGGACCAGAACACGCGCGACAUCAUCAUGCGCGAGUUCCGAUCGGGUUCCUCCCGCGUGCUCAUCACCACCGAUCUCCUCGCCCGCGGCAUCGACGUCCAGCAGGUCUCCCUGGUCAUCAACUACGAUCUCCCCACGCAGCCGGAGAACUAUCUCCACCGGAUCGGCCGCAGCGGCCGCUUCGGCCGCAAGGGCGUCGCCAUCAACUUCGUCACCCGCGAAGACGAGCGCAUGCUCUUCGACAUCCAGCGCUUCUACAACGUCACCAUCGAAGAGCUCCCCUCCAACGUCGCCGAUCUCCUCUGA